UUCAAUGAUGUACAUGUGAAAUUCAGCCAAGAAGAGUGGGCCUUGCUGGAACCUUCCCAGAAACAACUCUACAAAGAUGUGAUGCUAGAGACCUGUGAAAACCUCACUGCUAUAGGCUACAAUUGGGAUGACCAUAAUAUUGAAGAACAUUUUCAAAGUUCUACAAGUAAUAAAAGGCAUGAAAGCAGUCAUACUGGAGAGAAACCCUUUAAAUGCACUCUAUGUGGGAAAACCUUCCCCUAUAUCACUGUUCUUAUAUGGCAUAAAAGAACACACACUGGAGAGAAGCCUUACAAAUGUAAUCAAUGUGGUAAAGCCUUUGCAAAAAGCAGUCAGCUCAUACGGCAUAAAAGAACACAUACUGGAGAGAAACAUUAUGAAUGUAAUGAGUGUGGCAAAGCCUUUGCACAAAACAGUACUCUCUUAAGACAUAAAAGAACACACACUGGAGAGAAACCUUAUGAAUGUAAUGACUGUGGCAAAGCCUUUGCACAAAACAGUACUCUCUUAAGCCAUAAAAGAACACACACUGGAGAGAAACCUUAUGAAUGUAAUGAGUGUGGCAAAGCCUUUGCACAAAACAGUACUCUCUUAAGCCAUAAAAGAACACACACUGGAGAGAAACCUUAUGAAUGUAAUGAGUGUGGUAAAGCCUGUGCAAAAACCAGUCAUCUCAUGAGCCAUAAAAGAAUACACACUGGAGAGAAACCUUAUGAAUGUAAUGAGUGUGGCAAAGCCUUUGCACAAAACAGUACUCUCUUAAGCCAUAAAAGAACACACACUGGAGAGAAACCUUAUGAAUGUAACCAGUGUGGUAAAGCCUUUGCACAAAACAGUCAUCUCAUAAGCCAUAAAAGAACACACACUGGAGAGAAACCUUAUGAAUGUAAUGAGUGUGGCAAAGCCUUUGCACAAAACAGUACUCUCUUAAGCCAUAAAAGAACACACACUGGAGAGAAACCUUAUGAAUGUAACCAGUGUGGUAAAGCCUUUGCACAAAACAGUCAUCUCAUAAGCCAUAAAAUAACACACACUGGAGAGAAACCUUGUGAAUGUAAUCAGUGUGGUAAAGCCUUUGCAAAAAACAGUCAUCUCAUGAGCCAUAAAAGAACACACACUGGAGAGAAACCUUAUGAAUGUAAUGAGUGUGGCAAAGCCUUUGCACAAAACAGUACUCUCUUAAGCCAUAAAAGAACACGCACUGGAGAGAAACCUUAUGAAUGUAACCAGUGUGGUAAAGCCUUUGCACAAAACAGUACUCUCUUAAGCCAUAAAAGAACACACACUGGAGAGAAACCUUAUGAAUGUAAUGAGUGUGGUAAAGCCUGUGCAAAAACCAGUCAUCUCAUGAGCCAUAAAAGAAUACACACUGGAGAGAAACCUUAUGAAUGUAAUGAGUGUGGCAAAGCCUUUGCAGAAAACAGUCAUCUCAUAAGACAUAAAAGAACACAUACUGGAAAGAAACCUUAUGAAUAUACCCAAUCUGAUAAAGCCUUUGCACAGCAGAGCAGUCUCCAAAAACAGGAAAAGACACACAGUGGAGAGAAGCCUUGUGAGGGUAAUUAGUGUGAUAAAGCCUUUGCAUGUAACAAUCAUCUC